AUGCAGGUACGAGAUUCCAAUGUCAGCCAAUUCGAGAUGAGGCCACCUGGGAACUUUCUUCGGAAGCUUUUUCAGAAUCUGUUCUUCCUGCAGUUUCUCCUGAUUAUAGUCCUGGUGAUUUUUCUCACGAUCCGAGGCCUCGUCUCUGCACAUAGCCACCAUUUCCGGCCACAACAAUGGUAUCCGCCAAUUCUUGGGUCUGUAGCAUGUGCUGGAGUAGUUAGUUUGUCUUGGCAAUUGAUGAGCAGCUACAACCCUUCAAGAACUAUGAGAGCAGCUUUCUGGAUUAGCCCUUUAUUGACGUGUGCUGCGGGGAUCCUGUUUGUUGCUAUCGGCUCCCCUGGAAGUCUAGCAGCAGGAGCUCUGGCCAUAGUUUCAGCAGUAAUACAAUCAAUUUACUCUUGCUGGGUCAAUCCCAGAUUAGACUAUUCAUGCAGAGUGUUGUCUACAGCCACUGCAUUCAGUCCAGCUAAUACAUCUGUGCUGCGAUUUCUAGCAAUUCUAGCUAGUACUCUCUAUUCGUGUUUCUUGGUUGCUGGGAUUGGAGGAGCCUCCGCCACCAGAAGUGCCUUAGAUAAGCUAUUCAUUUUCCUCAUCUUGUUGAGUUUGACAUGGACUCUGCAUAUAAUCAAGAACACCAUUCUAGUCACGCUCUCUCGGAUCAAGUACAUGCAAUUCGCAGUUGGAAUGGAUGUUAAUACAAAGGACGCGUUGUAUGAAACACUCGGUCAUUUAAUGGGAACUAUCUGUAUCGGCUCAGCCCUUCUACCCGUUCUGAGUGUUGUAAGAGGUUCAGCUAGAGCCAUAAGUUUGAUUUCAGGGGAUACAGAUGAGUUCUUGUUCUCAUGUGCUAAUUGCUAUGCUGGAGUAGCUUCCCGGCUUGUUGCCCAUGGGAACCGAUGGGGAUUCGUCCAGGUGGGAGUUUACGGGAAAAAUUUCGGCCAAGCCUCAAGAGAUACAUGGGAAUUGUUAGGAAGAGGUGGGCUGGAACCAGUCAUUGAAUCUGAUCUGACCAGCUCAUUUUGCUUCCUCUGUGGAAUGGCAGGAGGAUCAGCUAGCACUUUAGUAGGUGGCACAUGGUCACUUUUGAUUCACAAGAGUUAUGCCACAGAAGUGUCAAUCUAUGCCUUCUUGAUAGGAUACUUUAUGACUCGGGUGUCAAUGGCAUGGCAACAGGCUUGCAUUUUAGCAUAUUAUGUCGCAUAUGCAGAAAAUCCACAGAACCAAAGACUUGACCCGACAAUCUCAAGUCGAAUCAAAGAGAUACAGAGAUUACAGCAAAUUCAAGAAAUCCAGAGAUCACAAGUCUAACCAUCAGAAAUGGUGCUCUGGUAGCAGAAGACAGAAGUGGCCUCAUUACCUAAGGAAGUUCAUGACAAAGGUCAGACAACAUGAUCAAAAAUGUAUAUGCAAAAAAAAAGCAUGAUAAAAAAUGUGAAGGUGAUGACAACCGCGCAUACAAUACAACCGCUUCUACAGCAACAAAGACAGAGCUACUCUCGUUGACCCCGCAGAAACAAAACUUGAUCAAUUGUUGGUAAGUUAUGUAAUCAAUGGCCAAACGAAGUUGCGAUGCAAAUUACAUGUUUUUUCAUUAUACCAUGUGUUCAUUAUAACAUGAACACAUGAUAUAAUCUUUAUGUCCCAUAUACCCCUUAUGACACAAUCUAAUAAGGAGUUCGACAAAAGUAAACGCAAGCUACUGUAAAAUAAUACUUUAUGCAGUAAGGAUAAUUACAAAUA